AUGUCUCUGAUCAACAGGCUUCCUCCCGAUGUUCUCAGUAUCGUCUUCCAUCUCGUUCCAGACACUCCUGGGGUAUUGGAACAUGAGGUCUGGCAAGGCUGGAAUGAUCCUGCGUGGUCUCCUCGCUAUGUGAAACCUGGGCCAUACGUCAAGUUGACCCAUGUAUGCCGCCUUUGGCGUGAUCUUGCACUCAGUCUGCCUACCAUUUGGGCCAACAUCGUUGAUUCCCCUUCCGUUAAUGUACCCGUUGAUGUUCUGGUACGACGGUCCCGAACAGCACCCUUGAACGUCUAUUUGAAGGACUUCCCUGGAGAGCAAGUUAGGAAGCUCUUGUCUUCCCCACACAACAAUCGCAUCCGGACCAUCUGGUGGGAGGCGGAGUUCGACGAGUCUACCGAAGAACUCGUUGCUAGUUUGUCUGCUCCCAGUGUUGAAUCUGUCACGCUUAUAUGCCCUCGAGCAGUCGAUCAAUUUAUGUCUUUUGAAUCUAUUCCGCUGUUGAACGGGCAUAUGCCUUGCAUCAAGCAGUUGUGCCUGUCCAGCACGUGGUGGUUAUCGACGAACAGCAUGUCAUCCCUCACACAGCUUCAUAUUGCCGUUUUUAUGUGCACUGGGUUUUAUUCUGAGGUCCUGUCUGUGCUUGACAAAACACCCAACCUCGUGGACCUGAUAUUGACCAACGUCUUGAGCAUGUCCUACAGUGAACCUCCAAUGAUCUCACUCCCGAAGUUAUGCAGGAUCACGCUCAGCAGCAAUGAUGAAUACCUAGACAACUUGCCCAACAUACUAUCAUGUCUCUCCGUUGCAGAUACCACGGCACUACGGACAAAUAUAUUCUCCUUCUUCGAGCCCGGAGCCUUCGACCUCCCUGCAGUGCAGACUAUCACAAAGGUCUGCAUCAAACGAUUUCAAUACUCCUAUGAGCUUAUGGCCACAGGAGAGCUCUCCGGAACAUGUAUUGAUACAGAUUAUCGCGACUUCGAUGAACUGGCGAAGUAUAUGAUUCGGGCGCUACCAUUGGCUAGGGUUCGGGAGUUGUGGGUCAUAGAAAGGUUUGAGACAGCACCGUCAGAUGAAGGCCAAAAAGGCGAAUAUGACGAAGAAAGUGAAGAAUAUACUGAAUACCACGAAUGUGACAAAACAAAUGUUGCCUCACUGCUGCCUCAGAUGCCGAUGCUAGAGGAGCUGGUGGUAUUGGGGGAAAGGCUUCCGGCCAUUAUCAAUGCGCUCCUGGAACCCAACGAGCCCUCGCAGACACCGCUCUCGCGCAGCGGUCUGACGGUGCGCAUCAUCAUGCAGGACUCCAAUGUGGAUAUCGCAGCCAUCACAAGCCUUGUCGUGCGGCUGAAGGAGGUUGGCGUCAAAUGUGUUGUCAUUGGCUACCACCGUUUCUAUACUGGCCCGCAGUUUGACAGUGCGUACCUGGCAAAUGAGUUCCAGUCGGUGGAGUUCGCAUAUCACGAAACGUUUCCGCGCAUGGAUCUACCUCCCGUGUGUACGACCAGCACACAUCUCCACUGGCCUUCGUGGUUGGAGUCAUGGUCCGACCUCGAUGCACCAUCGCCCUAG